CACAGCUGCGCUAUGACAAGGACAGACCCAAGUCGCAAAACUCACUUUCUGCCCUGCUCAGUAUGGAGUACUUUGCGGCAUUGAUCUCGAUCAAUAGAUUCAACAGUGUGCGAGCAAUCAAGUCGUCUCCACUGGAUAUUGAAACGCCCGAGCUUGUCACCUCGUGGGAGGUCACGUAUCAGGCUUCGUGGUCCAUCUACCAGAUAUACCAGUCAGAAAGAUCGCGUCUUGGCUGCACAUGUUUGUUGCUACCAUUGGCUCAUUGCUCGUAUGCAGCAGCAGUCACCAUGACUUACCAUUUCCGCAACACCAACCCAGAGGUGGUGGAGCGAUCGCACGAGGUGGUGAACGGGGUUCGCGGCGUGCUACUAGACUUAAAGCAUCGGUGUCCUGUUGUUCGGCUCAUGUACGAGAUUUUGACCAAAAUCCAAGAAAACGAGUCGUACCAGUUGAUGGUUCUGUACAAGAUCUUGCAACUGGAGAUGGAAGAAUCGCCAGAUCUGGUUCUGGAAAAACUGAAUACGUUCGCUUGA